AUGCCGCAAGCGCAAGAUGCCGUGCCCAAAAAGCGUGGGCCAAAGACAGAUGUGUUGGAAGCACUGUUGAAGAGGGUCGAUGGGCUGGAGGCAAAAUUGAAAGAGAAGAAUGCUGGGGAGCAGACCCCAACCACGCCGACUACCGCAGGAAUCAAGGAUGAAGAAACCUCACGAGCAGACGACAUUCCCGACGAUGACCCAAAUCCCAAGCGUAUAGCAUUGGACACCAAAGUAGACGCUGACGAGUCUGCCGUUUACUCGCCAGCUCCGGCAAGUGGAUACCAGUCAGCUGUACAUCUGAGUGAAGACUUCGCUUCGCGUGCCAGAGCAGAGAUUGACACCGAUGAGCCUUCGGUCGACGCCCUACAGGCUCUUCUCCUGCUGGUCAUCGCCUUCACUGCAGCAGGGAAGGGCAAGAAGGCGUAUAUGCUGAUGAUUGGGAUGGCAAUGGCUCUCGAAACUCAUCGCGAGAUGGACAAUAAUGCACGCGUAACGCCGGUGGAACGAGAAAUGAGGAGGAGACUUUUCUGGACAUGUUACUUACUCGACCGUUUUCUUGCUUGCGGCUCCAAGCGUCCAUCUCUCAUCGGCGACAAGACCAUCCUUCUCCGGCUUCCGUGUUGGUCACCGAACCCUUCGGUACCCCCGAUCGAUGGCGAGUUCUUUCAGUCCGGGUCCAACCUGCAGUUCCUCCAGGGAAGCGGGAAGAAGUCUCAAGGUAGCACGGGAAUGCUUAUCGACAUUAGCCGGAUUCUUGGUAUAACAAAUCGCUACCUAGCUGCUGGAGGUGUCAAGGGCGACUCUCAUUUUCCGUGGCACUCACUUUCAAAUCUGUCAAAGAUUCGUCAAGAUUUGGACAUUUGGGCUUCCGGCACCGAGGACGUUUUUUCAAGCCUCGACACGCUGUUCGGUCAGCCCGACUCGACGAUUCUGGUUUUAAGCAAGCUCAUCUACCACCUCAUUCACUGCCUCAUCUACCGACCAUUUCUACCCAUCGACCUCGCUGAACUCGCCGGAACCGGUCAGCACCAAUCUUGGCAGAUUGAAGCAACGAAUAUGUGUUUUCUGCACGCGAACGCAAUAUCUGAGCUUGUCGAACUUGGAAAGCAGACCGGCACAAUUGAAUGGCCGGCUUUCGUUGGCUAUUGCAUAUGCACCGCCGGCACAGUCCACAUUCACGGUGCCCACUACAACAAGAAUGGCAAUGGUGACUCGACUGUGUUCAGCAUGUCAGCAGACUUUCUGUCCAGAGAGAUGCAGCAACUGAGCGAGCUCCGGUACGCUUGGGCAAGUGUCCAACAUCAGAGGGAAACACUGCAAGGAAUCUACAAUGCUCAUUCCGAACUGGUCAAAAGCCUUGCAAACAAUCCUAUGCGAUAUUCUCCGGCAUUCCACCUCGAGGACUUUUUCGAUCGCUACUCGAAUAUUGGCGGGCCCGGUGGCCAGACUUUCAACUUUGACGCAGCAAAUUUGAGCCUUUCUGAUGUGAUUGUCGACUUCACCACAGACACCUAUACAGGUCACGAUCUUUACGCGCCUCGUGCCAACAGUAUAAACGAGCCUGAGCGACCGAGCCUCAAGCGCAAGAACACAGCCCCAUCUGGCCGAAAGCGUCCAGAUGCCAAAAUCCUCUCACCGCUCAGCACGAGUCAUAUGGCGCGUCCGCAUGGCUUGCCAACGCCUUCUCAUGUCCGCCACUCCUUUUCACACCCAACCCCUACUAUGGCAUCUCAUCCGUCACCGGGAAUGCUGGCGACGCCCACAUCUCUGCCUCCUCAUCCCGAGACCAUGGAGCACCCUUCAAUGUCUGCCUCACACGGACAAUACGACGAAGCUGCAGCCAACAACGCAGCCGUAGCGGCGGCGGCGGCGGCAGGCUUUUCUCUCGGACCUCAGAGCCACCAGCAAGGCAACAUGCCGGCGCUCUCUUCAAACUCCUUCUCUCCGCAGUUCAGCUUUGCCACGCCGGGGGCAAGUGGGAACAACGAGGCAGGGGGCAACUACAAUGACCCCAUGUUUGGCGGGCUGCCUACAAAUGCAUUUGGAAGUCCAGCCGCGUGGCAUGGGGACGAAGGUGGAAACAAGGUCGCCGGUGUCGCCGCACCCAGUCCUGGAAACAAGAGCAACAACGGAAGCACUGGCACCGGCCCAGGUGAGGAGAAGGACCCAUUCUUGAGCCUCCUGGAGCAACUCGCGGAAAACGAGCACCAAUUCGCUCGGGGCCCAGGCAGUGAGCUUGACUUCUUUUUCGGUGGUACUGGAGCGUCGCAGUAG